GUGGUGGGCAGGAGUGCCUAAAUGACUGCCAGCACAGCACGGCCUAGCCAGCCCACCACCCACCACCCACUGCCACUCCCACUCGACCAAACGUCUCAAAAAGUAUUGACUUAUUUCGACGCCACCUUGAUUUUCUCACUCGGCAUAGACUGUGAUUUCAAACACUCCUUCGCCAUUUUCUCCAUUUUCCUUACUUCCUACGAUUCUGCACCCUCUUCCAUCACCAGCAGGCCGUCUCUGCUCGGCUUCCGUCCGCAAAAAUGAGCGCACCUCAACAAAACGAGGCGGAAAAGAACAUCGAGAUCUGGAAGGUCAAGAAACUCAUCAAACGCCUCGAGGCGGCCAGAGGCAAUGGAACCUCCAUGAUUUCUCUCAUUAUCCCACCAAAGGAUCAAGUCUCCCGCGCCGCGAAGAUGUUGGCUGAAGAAUUCGGGACUGCCUCCAACAUCAAGUCUCGGGUCAACCGUCUUUCCGUGCUUUCCGCCAUCACUUCGACCCAGCAGCGUCUCAAGCUGUAUAACAAGGUUCCCCCAAAUGGCUUGGUGGUGUACUGCGGUGAAAUCAUCACCUCGGAGGGGAAAGAAAGAAAGAUCAACAUAGAUUUUGAGCCCUUCAAGCCCAUCAAUACUUCUCUCUACCUCUGCGACAACAAAUUCCACACUGAGGCACUAAGCGAACUUCUCGAGUCUGAUCAGAAAUUUGGCUUCAUCGUCAUGGACGGCAACGGCGCUCUCUUUGGGACCUUGAGUGGAAACACCAGAGAAGUCGUUCAUAAAUUUUCCGUCGAUCUUCCCAAGAAGCACGGUCGAGGUGGUCAAUCUGCCCUACGUUUCGCCCGUCUCAGAGAGGAAAAGCGUCACAACUACGUGCGAAAAGUCGCAGAGCUGGCUGUUCAAAACUUCAUCACAAACGACAAGGUCAAUGUUGCCGGCAUUGUCCUUGCUGGUUCCGCAGAUUUCAAAAACGACUUGAACCAGUCCGACAUGUUCGAUGCGCGACUUCAAUCAAAGGUCAUCAAGGUGGUCGACGUUUCCUAUGGUGGUGAAAACGGGUUCAAUCAAGCUAUCGAUCUGGCCUCCGAGACCCUUGGCAAUGUCAAAUUCAUUCAAGAGAAGAAACUGAUUGGCAAGUACUUCGAGGAAAUCAGUCAAGACAGCGGUCGCGUCUGCUACGGUGUCGAAGACACCUUGAAGGCUCUGGAACUUGGUGCGGCCGAAACACUGAUCGUUUACGAGAACCUGGACGUCACUCGCUGGGUUCUGAAAGCCUCGGACGGCUCGGAGAGGAUUCUGCACACCACCAAAGCCCAAGAAGCGAAUCGAGAACAAUUCAUGGACAAAGAGACCGGCCAAGAAAUGGAAGUUGUGGACCAAGGUUCGUUCCUUGAAUGGCUUGCCGAGAAAUACAAGGACUUUGGCGCCACCCUGGAAUUCGUUUCGGACCGCUCCAGCGAGGGCAAUCAAUUUGUGAAGGGGUUUGGUGGUAUUGGCGCCAUUUUGCGCUACAAGGUCAACUUUGAACAGUUGAUUGACGCUGACGACGAAGACGAAUUCUAUGAUGAUUGACAAUUCAACGACCUCGCUGUAGAGCGCGAGGAGCAUCCAUCUCCAGGCCUUGUUCAACAACAACGACCCACCUUUGUUGACGGCAGCUUGACGGCAGCUCCGCGCUCUCCUGAGCGUCCUAGUGACGCGCCCGAGUCCCAUCAGCACCAGCGAGUAGGGACGCAUUUGGAAAGUGCGCACAAUAAUGGCAAUCCACAAUUUACACGACUGAACAGGUUGGGCACCAAAGACGGUGCCUUCGCGCGCGCUGAGCGAGCAAUGAAGCCGCCAGCAAGGCAGACACUUGACCUACGCCACGGUAAGGCAUUUUCUGAGAACCAUCCGAGGACUUCGUGGCAUCUUUCUGACCCAGAACCGAUAACAGGACGUUCCAGCCUGCGCAACAUGGUCAUGGUCUGAGAUGACGACGGCAUUCAGGCCCAACGGUUCCCGCAGUCCUCUUGGAUACCAAGCACCGGUCGAAAGCCCGACUGAGUUGCAGACAUAUAGCGGGAUCGGAUCUGAUGUAAGCCCGAGAUCACAUUCAGCGUUUCAGAUAGCCGCGUACACCGACAGACAAGCGAGGGUUUUUCUUCACUCUCCCGGAAAGGAGAGUGCGGAAACGGACCAGAGAUCCAAGAAGUCCUUUGAUCAACUGCCGAUAAAGGAGCUCCAACACACUACGAUACUGAUUCAUUAUUUGACUGAGCCAGUCAUUCCUUGCACAUCAAGCUCAACUUUUGUUUAGUCCUUACCUGAAGAUCGCUCUUAGGCUUCAAUUUCGCUGUGUGAGAGGUCGGCGAGUCGCCUGUGCUCAUUGUGCGGAGCACAGGGCAAUAUCCGUGAAGCUCGAGGCACUUAGCAGCAAAUAACAGUUCUGGGCGACACAGUCUUUGUUCCGUGCAGUCAGAUUUAGAUAGUCACUCCUUCCACAGACCUGCUCACAAUGUUUUGAGGGCAAUUCACUUCAGCCAGAUCAGGUUUGCAUCAUCUCCAUCAGCCCUUUACUUCGUCUCCUUGCUGGUCUCUAGGCAAUCGGUCCACAAAUCUCCCCAGAUAUCUCAAAGUCUCGGUGAACUUGCCCAGCUCUCCGAGCAUGUU